CCGGCCGCGGCGACGGGGUUGAAACCCCCCGGGAUUUCCAUUGCGCAGUCGCGCUGACCGCUGUCCACUUCUCUUCGCGUUAGGAUCCGCGGAUUAGAUGCCCCCACCCUCCGCGCUUAGACCCGGAUCGCCUUCGUUCUACCUAAGUACUCACGAAUACUCCCGCAAAGUAAAGCGACGCGAGCGCGCCACAAUAAGGCAAUAGAGCGGAGCGAUAGCUUCCCUACUUCCGUCGCGUCGUGUCCGCAAGCAACCGGCAAAAUAAGGGGCUCCAGGGUGGCGAACGGCGAACCGAGUUCUCGGGCCGCGAGUGCCGCACGCUGUAAGUAUUCCUUCCUCCGCCCCUCGCGUUUGAGAAAAAAGAUGGGAGUCUAAAAAAAUCCGUGACCUCGUGUAUAGUCAGUCACGGCUCUAUAGUACGGGUGCAACAGUUGAAGUCAAGGCGAAGAAUGAAGCGUAGCCCGGUUUACGUUUCGCUAAAUCGAUACCGCGAUUAUGCUGGGGUUUGCGGCGCACGUAAAUACCGCACGAACCGGAGGAGGCGAGAGAGAGAGAGAAAGAGAGGGAACCAGAGGCGAAUUUCACCUUUUGUUCAGCCGUGGUCGCGCGAUCGGCCGGUGGUCAGCGUGUCGCGGUAAUUCAAGUAAACACUACCACCUCUUGUUUGAUUGGCCUCCUCUCCCUUUCUCUCGACGAAGUCGCCGCCGCCGAUUGUCGCUCUUUACUUGCUCGCGUAAGAGAGAAGGGUAGUGCGCGAUUUAUUAUUUAACUAAGAUAAUCGAUGGCUCAUGGAUAUGUGUGCCGGCUUACGUCCCCGCGGCUCACGAUAGUCGUCAUUUUCGCGAUGGUGUCGCGCCGCGAGGCAGGAAACGCUCGUCUGCCGCCGCGAAUCGGCGGCUCGUGAAAUCCCCUUAACGCACGUUGACUCGUCUCUGAGACGGAAGAGCGACAAAGAGUAACAGAAAGAGAGAGAGAGAGAAAAGUAAAAAAGACAGAGAAAGAGAGAGAGAGAGAGAAAAAAAGACCCAAGUAACGGCAGCAGCGGGAACUAUGCUGGCGAGAUUCAGGAACAGCUUCCGCUGCGGCAUGCCCAAGUGCCCGACUCUUCGUAUUCCAGGGAUGGAGAAGCCGGAGUCCUCGGCGGGGGGCGAAAGCGCUGGGGUCGAGCUGGAGGACAGGGACCCCAACAGCCUGAAUCAACAUCUUCAGGUGAUGUGGGACGACGUGAUCGGCGAACCGGAGGGCAUCCGCAGCCCCGAGUGCGCCUGGCGGCUCAGCGGCCAUUGCUUCCGGCUCUCCAGGGGAUGCUGCUACGUGCUCCUCUCCGUCCUCGUGGCGCCCCUGCUCGCCCUUUGUUUGGGUUUCACGUUCGCCUGUCUCGCGUUUCAGCAUAUAUGGUGCGUCGCGCCGUGUCUGCGCGUGUGGAAGAUCACUUGCGCAGCGAUGCGAAAUUUUCUGGCGGCGGUGACGCAAGCGAUCAUCCGGCCGGUGAUGGAGGCGAUUGGUUACCUUUGCCACAAUAUCCGCGUAUUCAAUCAGAAGCUACCGGAAGGUCCUUACCAGAAGGAGGACCUGCUGGUCGUGUAACAGUCGACCGCGGCGCGCUCGAAUUUGCGACGGCCGAUCGAUCGCGACCUCUUCGUCCGCGUUUUGUCUCUCUUUCUCUCUCCCUCUUUUCGGGACGCAACGAACUCACGUAUAUACGCACGCACGUGAUAUCACGGUGUCUAAGGUAGAGCCGCGAGUUCGUGAGAGAGAAUAUCGAUUGUAAUCGCAGAGUAAGGACGUUGCGCGUUCGCUUUGUCUCGCGUCUUUUCGAUGCGAUAUGCACGACAUUGCCCGUGUCGUUGAGUCAGAUUUAUUCGCGAUAGGAAACACCUCCGAGCUACGGACGAAGACGACCGCGAUACGUCGCAUCCGAACGCGAUUACGGAUAUUAGUAUUAAGAGGAAAAAUGUGCAUAUAGGUACUGUAUCUAUAUGAAGGGAACAUGCACGGGGAAAAAUAAUUUGCUGGCCCAACAAAUUUUCUGCUAGUCUAACAAAAUCUUUUCGUUAUUAUAUGGACAGCAAAAGGAUUUGCUCAUAUGAAUUACAUCAGAGUACUAAUCACUAUUUGUUGGAUAUAAUUUGCUGAAUCUACAAAAUUAUUUUGCUAUAAGAACCAUGAUGGAUUUAUAUAAGCAGUUGCAGUUUUGCAACUGCACUUUUGCAACCGAUAGCAGAUAAAUUUGCUAAAGAUACGUUAUUUUGCAUCAAUAGUAAAUUAACAUCAAUAGUGAUUUUGCAUCAAUAGUGAUUCUUAGGACAAAUACACUUAACAAAUUUUUUUUCUAUCCUGGCAACGAAACUACU